AUAAAAUAAAAUAAAAACCCAAAUUAAUCAAUAUUAUAGAUUAUAUAUUUUGGAUAAAGUUUGUUGAUCGGAUGGGGUUCCUACACAAGCUGUGGGAUGAAACGGUGGCCGGACCGACGCCGGAAAAUGGUCUCGGCAAAUUGAGAAAGCAUGAUUCUUCAUCAUCAUCAUCCACCGUCCGAUCUUCUCGUCCUUUUCUCUCAAACGAUCAUGUCACCAGAAGCAUCAUGGUGACCAAGGGGAAUAACAACCUCCGUGGUCUCCGUAAAUUGAAAAUGGAUUCGGAGCGUGUUCCGGGUUCUCCGACCGGGUCAUGUAGCAACCCCGGGACGCCUUUAACCCCUGGGACACCAUGCGAUGUUUUGGGGCCAUUCGCUGCCGGCAAAAUCCCUUCCUCAGGUGAAGACGAUGCCGCAAGUCUCACUACUUAUGACUGGAUUGUGAUAAACGCGUUGGACCGUUGAACAAAGCCGAGAGAGAAAAACAAAUCUUACGGGGUUUUUGUGUAAAUAUAAGUAACCUAUGCAUGUAAAUUAUGUAAAUAUUUACUGAUACGGUCAGUAUUCAAUUUAUGUCUCUUGAAACAAAGUCUCCAUUUCUGUUA